AUGUCAGACGAAGACGCCGUCAAAUUCAAAUUGUACAGGUACGAUCCAUCAGCAGGCGCAGCAGCGGUCUUCUGUGCUGUAUUUCUCAUGACCUCUAUGAUCCAUGCAUACCAACUUGCGCGAACUCGGACGUGGUUUUUUAUACCAUUCGUGCUAGGUGGUUUUUUUGAGUUUUUCGGGUAUAUGGGAGUAAGUAGCAUCUGGAAACUGUGA